ACGGCCUAGAAAAUUUCGUCUUGUUCAAAAAAAAAAAAGUUGUAAAAAAUAAAAAUAAAAAUCAUAAUUGAAAAUUUUGAAUUUCUAUAAUUUUUGAAUGAAUCCAGGAAAGAUCUGAUGGACGUGAUGUGCUUUAACUUCGAUCGAAUUCUGGACUCCAUUCAGAAGAAGAACCAUUUUCUAUCGACUAUGGUGCAGCCAAGACAUAAGGUGGCAUUCAUUCUGGAUCUCGUUUAUCGCAUCUGCAAGAAGAUACCAAGAGACUCAAAAGGUGAUCGAUGGACCGCUCAGGAGCUUUUUCAGCUGAUUGCCGGAAAGCCGGAUCGAUUCCUUUCGACUCUGAAAGAUGUUGACUUGAUGGGACUUCUGCUCUCUCAGCUGAUCGAGUCCUGUGCACAUCUGCUUUGGCCGGGCGAGUCAUCAUCAGACAUUGCCGAGCUUCUAGGUUCUGAAAUGGCGUUGUCUUCAUUUCCGGCUAUUGCGUUGGAUGCUUUACAGCCUCUUUUAAGCUUCAUUGAAUCAGGGAAGGCCACGGUUACCCCGACAAUAAGGACGAAACUCUUGGCUUCAAAGCUAUCGUUAUCUCUCUUCUCGGCUCAAGCUGCAAGCGUUCAAUAGGCACCUGGACCUUGGCAAGGACUAGGUGCAGGCUCCGGCCUGGCACUGUGGGAACCUGCACGUGUGCCACAAGG